AUGAAUAUUACAAAUUUUCCUCCAGAAGAUGAUUACAUCGUCCUCUUUUACGCCAAUUGGGAUAUCGCAUCGAAUCAAUUUCAAUCAACUUAUCUUAAUGUCGCUCAAACUGUAACUGCUAAUGAUUUAUAUCACUCACAUAAGGAAUACAGGAAAAUUAUUUUCGCCAAAUUCAGUUGUGGGAAAUAUCCUCAUAUUUGUAGCAAAUAUCACUUACAUAACAUUCCCGCUAUACUAUUCUUCACAAAUGUGAUUUUGGAGGAAUCGUCUGAAACUGGAAUUCCUCACUCCACCAGAUAUCUUGGAAAUUUAAAUUUAUAUGAGCAGAUUCAGGAUUUUGUCGAAAUAUGGCGUUCAAUAGGAACUCUAAUACGGUUAUAUGGCAAAACCCCCAGUAAAUUUAUAAAUAUUUGGAAUAUAUGUACUAAAAGGUUGAAUGAAAUUAUUCCAAAAUGA